AUGGCAGACCCAGAAGAACAGCCGCUUCCGGCUGGUUGGGAGAAGCGCAUGAGUCGCACGAACAACCAAGAGUACUACUAUAACCAGGCCACCGGCCGGAGCCAGUGGGAACGUCCAUCGGAGCCAGCGUUUGGGAAGGGUUCGGAUCUCACGCAAGUUCGAGCUGCUCAUUUGCUUGUGAAACAUGCCGGUAGUCGUCGCCCUUCGAGUUGGAGAUCUGACAAGAUUACUCGAUCUAAGGAAGAUGCGAGAAAUAUUCUGAAGGAUUAUAUUCGUCAGAUCCAAAAUUCGAGUAAUCCCGAAGCCACGUUCAGGAAGUUGGCGCAGCAAUUCAGCGAUUGCAGCUCGGCGAAAAGAGGUGGUGAUCUUGGAAUGUUUGGACGACGUCAAAUGCAGAAACCAUUCGAGGAUGCGUCUUUUGCGUUGGAUAUCGGUGAAAUGAGUGAUAUUGUGGAAACCGACUCAGGGCUACACAUUAUUUGGCGACUUGCCUGA